UCUAUAUAUCUAUCAUUUUGCCUUUGCUAGUUUCCUUUUAAUUUGAACGAUGGAAUCUACAGAUAAACCGGCGGCGGUAGCGGCGACGACAACCACACCACCAUCAACGACGGUUGCUGCUAGCAAAUGCCCUUUUAAUUAUUCAGCUGUAGAUGUUGGUCUUAGGGUGGUAUUGUUUGCUGCAGCUGUAAUUGCUGUGGUGGUUAUGGCUACUAGCAAGCAAACUGAAAUGGUUCCUGUUCCAGGCUUGCCUACUUCAGUUAGGGUUCCUUAUUCGGCCGAGUUCACUGAUUCACCUGCCUUUGUAUACUUUAUGGCAGCAUUGUCAACAACAGGCUUAUACAGCAUCAUCACUGCUCUUGCAUCAACUUUGCUCGGCCGCAAGCCUUCUUAUACCAACACCAUCUUGCUCGCCUUUGCAUUGAUGGAUGUGGUAUUUGUAGGAAUCGUUGCCUCAGCCACCGGUGCCGCUGGUGCAGUCGCAUACAUCGGAUUAAGAGGCAACAGCCACGUCCGGUGGGACAAAAUCUGCAACGUUUACGACGAGUUCUGUCGACACGUUGGAACCGCAAUCGCAUUCUCGUUAUUUGCGGCCAUCUUGUUGGUGUUCCUCACCAUGUUCUCCACCUUCGCACUUUACAAAAAGAUCCGUUGAUAUUUUUUAGAAACACAGUUCUUAGUUACUCUCAUGUCUGAAUUUGUAUUGUGUGUUCAUCUUUUGACUAUAUAGGUGGCAAGUGUUAUUGUCUGUAAAUGAUGGCUUAGUUUGUAUGUUUUUUUAUUACAUAGUAAAUUGAAUUGUUUCACAUUUAAAUCGUUUAAA